ACUCGAAACCGAUAACGGGAAACCCAAAAACAAAGUCGGCCUGAAGUAAAAUGUCAGCUGUGUUAGUGCAAAAAGCGUCGCCCGAAAGUCAACUCAACAAUUUGGAGGAGCAAUCACCGGAAGUGGACGUGGCACAGUUGGCAACCAUAUCGCUGCUGCUGCAAUACGAUAUCGACAACACGCUGAAUGCUCUCAAGGAGCACCAGAAGAUGACCCUCGACGCUCGCCUGGGCAUGCCCGAAAUGCCCAUAGUCCUUAAUAACAACCAGGACGCCGCUGCCGCCAAUAAGGAUAAAGACAUCAACCGGAAUAUGCCCGGUAGUCCCAGUACCGAACUGGAGGAGGUGGAGCAGAUGGCACUGGACGGCAAGGUGGCAUCGAAUCCCUUUAUGCCACCCACUCCGCCGGCCACGCCCAACCUGCAGAAUACCGCCCAAAAGCGCUGGAAGAUCCUGGCCAAGGUGCUGCGCAAGGAUUCCGAGGAGACGGUUUCAUCUUCGAGCGAUGAGUUCGCCGAAGAGCAAACUGCCUCUGUGCGCCGCUUCAAGAGCUUCGAUCUGCUGCGCCAGGACAGCUUCGAGGAUCAUGUGAGCCUCAAGUGCUUGGGGAAGACGGAGAACUGGUACAAAUACCGCAUGGCGUUGGAGAAUGACAUGGAGUACUCAGUGAACAUCCAUCACAUGGAGCGCCAGCUGACGGCCAGCGAUCUGAUGGGCUUCAAUAAUACGGGCAACAUUUGCGUGUGGCCCUCGGAGGAGGCUCUGACAGCUUUGGUCCUUUCUGAGGUGUCAUCGUACCGCGGCAAAUGGAUCCUGGAGCUGGGUGGAGGAUUCACCUCACUCGCGGGUCUGAUGCUGGCCAAGUACGCCACUCCAUAUGCCGUCCACCUGACCGAUGGCAAUGAGAUCUCGGUGGAGAAUGUCCGCAAGACCGUCUGCCUCAACGAACUGAGUUGCUACACCAAGUGCUCGGUGCUCAAGUGGCAGGAGAAGGGUGCCCGUUCCCAGGCGGAGCAGGGCAAAUUCGACUCCAUUCUCUGUGCCGACUGCCUGUUCUUUGAUGAGGCCCGCUCGGCGCUGGUGGACACCAUCUGGUAUUACCUGGCACCUCAAGGAUCGGCCCUGAUAAGCCCACGACGGGGACGCACUCUGAGCGUGUUCCAGGACGAGUGCGUGGCCAGGGGAUUUCGUGUGGAGCUGGCCACGAGGUACAACGAGACCAUCUGGCAGCGGCAUCUCCAGCUGAAGGCGGACUCCGCCCUCUACGACGAGGACCUGCACUAUCCGCUGCUCCUGCGGCUGUGCAAAGAGCACAGCUAGGAGAAGCUGGCACUAGGUGCAAUUACAUUUUAAAUUUUAGUCAAUGUUUUAGUUGAUAGCAAGCAAAUUCCAGUUUACACCUUAAACAAAAGCGAGGCCAACGGCUGGCCUCGGCGAACAAAAAGAAAUUCCUCCCACACCGAA